AGUUCCGUCGUAUUUUGAUGAUUUAUCUCAUUUAUUUUCUUCAAGUGAGCAAUCCCUUUGCUACACCGAAAACUUGCAGACGGCGGAAAUUUCGAAAGUAUCCACUUUAAAAACGUGAAUAGAUGUGCUUUGUGAAUAUAGAUAAUAGAUAAUUUUGUACCCUAAUGUGUAAUGAAAGAACUCAGUACAGUGGUUGCCCCGCUGCUGGUACUUAACUGAUGAAGAUGUGAUGGGCAAACACCAGCACCGUAGAGCCUCCAAGGGCACCACCUCCCCAAACAAAAACAAAGAUCAACUGAGAGAAGCUAUCCUAAAAGUGUUCCGAGCCAGGGCAUCAUCACCGGGAGGUGGUGGAGGUAUACUAGUGGGGAAGGCAGACCAGAAACCAAUGAAACAGAAUGAAUCCCAUCGCCCCAUGAAUGAUAUCAGAGUAAGUGACGAAUGUAGCCAGGGAUCAGCCUCCUCCAGUCAGAAAGUGAAACGGCUAAAGACAGCUUCAGAAAGGAACAAACUGAGGGCAAAGACACAAUGUGACAAAAGUGGAAGAGCAGAUUUCAAGAAACACCUGAAGAGGGCACAAGAAAUAACAACCCACUCCAAAGUAGGAAAUCAACAAAAUGAAGGCUUCAGUGCAAUUACUCAGAACAGGCUGACAACGAGACUUGGGCUCUUCAACAAGGGAAAGAAGUCACAUAAGAUUGCAAGAGAUCCCAUUGUGUUGAGUAAAUCAGUACAGGAAAGGACAGAAAAAGAUUUGCUUCGGAUCUUGGAACUAUCCAGAAGUCAAGAUGAAUCGGGAGAAGCCUCCAUUGGAACGUUGGAGAACGAACGAACAAGCUCCAAGAUGAUGCCCCCUGAUCACAGGAGCCCUUGUUAUACACAGGCUCGGUUCAGCCAAGAAGACAAAGAAUCUCCUGCACAAAGUCAAGCAAACUCUCUAGAUAGUUCACCAGCUUUAUCGGAGAUCGCUUCUGAGUUGAUAUCAAGUCUGAAGCCAAAGAGUUUGUUUCAAGGAAGUGAUUAUGCUGAGGAGACUACGCAAGCAUUGAGGAGAAUAAUGAAACAAAGUCGGAGGAUGACACCCCCUCAGAUGAAAAUGACUCCACUAACGAAAGUCAGUUCUGCGACAGUCAAGCGCUCCCUCAUACACAGCUUGCCUCCCUCUCCAACAAGACAAAAUUUUUCAUCUUAUGCAGCAUCCGAUCCAGUUUCAAUCUUAGCUAUGAACGAGCAGUUACAUCAGCAUAAAGGACUGAAACCCGAAACCUUUGCAGCUCAUGAGCUAGGCCAAGGAAAAACCCAUAGAGAUGAACGUUUGGUUCAAGCAUCAUUUAAUGAACCACAUGACAAUCACCCUCUUCCAAUGGAUAUUGAGCUCUCCAAUGAUACUUUACAAGUAGAUUCACACGAUCGGACACAGUAUCGAAGUCUACAACCCGAUGAUGAGAUUUGGGGUUCAGGAUUACCAGUUGUUCAUAGAGUUCCUGAGGCAGCAGAAGGAAAAAUAUUGGGCAAUACCAUUAGGAAUUUCCCAUCAUAUGGUCAGGCAGUGAGAACCGAGUAUAACUACCCACCCAUUCCCCCCUACUACAAUGCUCAGGAAGGAGACACCUGGCCACAAGUUGCCAACACGGACAUUUCACAUGCAGACCCAUACAGAAAAGGAGAAUACCAUCAGGAGGCUGCUCAUGUACAUGAUGAAAUGGACAUUCUCGACUAUGCAGAUACCAGCAGUCAUUACAGGAAAGUCAAAGAAUACCACCAGGAUUUGUGUUAUAAUCGUCACUUCUGCCCGGCAAAUAAAAAUGCUGUCGCGGUGGAACCAGAACCACAAUGGUUGGUGGGACUUCCUUGUAAGCCGAGUAGUCACAUCCCAACCCCAGAGGGACACUUUAAACGGCAUGCACUUCACUGACGGACUGGAAUUGUCUUGGUGAUAAUGAAGUGUGCCAAAACUCUCUCUUGUCAAUGAGUCAUGUGCCAAAACCUCCUACCUGUAGAUUGCUGUCUAUCUGUAGAUGCGAGUGGCUUAUUUUCUAGGGAAAAUGAAAAAGACAUUUGUUAUUCGAACUGUUUUAAUGUGUUUUAACUACUGAAGUACCGGUAGUCUAAGCUUUAUUAGCUAGUCAGGCUAAUUGUCUGUGAUGCAAGCAAAAUGCUCAUUAGAUGUUA